AUGUUUCGCUUCGUACAGCCAUCGAGAGUGGCGCGCCAACUUGUCCACCCAACCUCACGACACGCCGGAUCAAUACUCUCACCACACCAUGGCCGUACCUUUUUCGGACUGGGCGAAAUCGCCUCUGUUCUCACCAACCCGGCGCAAACUCUCCAACAACUCAACGAGUCAAAGGAGAUGCUCCAGAAAGCUCGGGAAGAGAACAAAUUGAAGAACGAAAAACAACGCAUCCCAAAGACGCAUACUUUUCAACAGCUGCCGGGGUUUCAUGGGAGACACGAGGAGCAGAAACUGCUGAGGAAAGUCCUGGAUGGCAAUCCGCAGUUGAAUGCUGUGUUCGGUGCAACAUCCGUGGGAAAGACGGCGCUGUUGCGACAGGUCCUCGCGACUGACGACUUCUUCGUCAUCAAAUUUGACCUUCGCAUCAGUGGCUUUGCGGACCUGCGAACGUUAUACUUCUCACUAUGUGAACAGUUCCAGAGUCUCUUUACUGAGAUGGCUCACGAGGACAUGGAUAAGCUCUCCAUCGCCUUCAAGCACCUGAUGCUCGACAUGGACGAGAAGGAAUUGGAGCACAACUACGAAGUUUCCGUAGCAGAUAUUGCAGACCUAAUGGAGACCCUGCAAUCAUGUCUGCUCAGGUAUAAGGAGUAUGAUCCCCAGGCCAGCUACGACGAAGCGAUGAAGGCCAAACAGGAGGAGGACUCCGCUGCUGAGAAAGGAGCUAAGGUCGGAUCUUUGGCUUCCAAGGCGGCGGAUAAAGUCCUUGGUCGGAAGAAAGAUGCUGGGAAGGAAAAUAAGAGCAAGGAUGACGAUAGCGAUGAGCCAAAGCUCUUUCGAAAGCGUCCGAUUUGUUUUCUCUGCCACAAGCUCCCAGCUCUGGUCAGCGACACGCUAUCGCUCAAGGUGUUCCUGGAUACUUUAUUAGUCCUGACGAAGCAAGACCGCUUAUGCCAUGUCAUCCUAUCAACCAGCGACGCCUUCUUCCACCAUUUUCUCCGCUCGAUGAACGUCGGACAUCAUGCUCGAAUCAUCACCAUCGGGGACUGCACUAAACAGGAGACACUCUCCUACAUUCAAGAUGAGAUCAUGCCAACGAUCCCUAAACAUCUCGAAGGCAAAUUGAACGUCGAGGAGAUGUACGAAGCCUUCGGAGGGAAGCUCGCGCACAUUGGUGACUUCGUCCAGACAUGGUGUAGUUUUUCGGGCGACACGACGCCGUACCAGUCCGCCAUCUUCACGCAAGCAUACACGCUGCUACAGUUCCACCUGACUCAUGAGUCGUUCGACACCUACUCGCCUCUAGCUGAGAAGUCCACUUGGAACAGCGCGAACAACACCGAAGGCCAAGCCGACUUCAGUCGCGAGGAUCUACUGAAAGUCAUGGAGAAGCUCGUCCAGCCGCCGUACUCACUGCCGUACUUUGACCUGUGCCGAGAAAUUGGCACGAGGCAGACGGAUAUGAUGAUCAAGACUCGUGUGCUGGAUUUGCGGUGGACGAAGACCGUUAGUCCGGAGCAGGACUGGGUUGAGCGGGUGUGGAGUGAAGAUGGAGUCGAGAGGCCGAUUGUGAAGCCUAUGACUACGAUCGUGAGGAGAGCGAUGGAAGUGUGCCUGAAGGAGGAGAACGCGAGAGCAGAUCGGAUAAGCGACCGUAAGGCCGAGGACGAGAAGUAG